GCACAGCCACCGAUUCAGGAAGAGUACAGUGCGAUUGAGACUGAAACAGAUGUAAGACCAGUAAUACUGAAAGAAAUCUGAAUGACAGGCAGCUGUAUAUUGAUGAUAACAGUGUCGAGUGACCGUUGGGAUUUUUCUUUUGAAAUGUUUUGACAGUCGCGAGACGUUGAAGUCUUUGGAGUGGCAGAGCUCUCAAACACAGAUAAGCCCCAGGCUCAGAUCAGGAAGGGAUGAGUGUUUAUGCUGUGUUUGCUGGGGCUCUGGGCACAGCAUUGUAUUUUGGGAGAUCAAGACUGCUGAGAGAUGCAACAGAAACCAUGAGUAGAGGACUCCUCCAUCUUGAUCAGCCAGUAGCAGACAGCUGAGACAAAGGCACACCUAAACAGGCAGGAGGUGUCAUCCAAUCACACUCCAGUGGCUUAAACCACUCCUGUCCACCUCCUGUCCUUUGGUGGUGCUGGGCAGACGACGGGCAGUGCCAUGCCCCAGGCGUGAGAGCGCAUCCUCUGGCAGACUCAGGCGUGGUGGUGGACCCCCGGCGGGCGUCUGGCUGUGGGAGGUGAUGAAGCUAAAGCAGCGUGUGGUGGUGUUGUGCGCUGUGCUCUUUCUCCUCGGCCUGGCCAAGGUUUUUCUUCUGGAUGGGGGCGAGGGAUCAGCUGCCAGUCGCCGCGACCUCCGUGCCUUCCGUAAGAUGGAGGCCAACCUGGCCCUGGCCAAGGGAGCUCGCCUCACACUCACAUUGCAGUCGCCCUGGGAAGUGGCAGCACAGUGGGUCGGUCCACGAGAGGUGUACCCGGACGAAACACCGGAGCUAGCCGCGGUGUUGAACGCUCUGGCCACUGCCCGGGUGGAGAGGGCGGACGUGGGCUAUAAAGGCACCCAGCUUAAAGCCCUGCUGGUGCUUGAUGGAGGACAGAAAGUGGUAUUCAAACCCAAGAGGUACAACAGGGACUAUGUGGUUGAGGGAGAGCCAUAUGCAGGGUAUGAUCGGCAUAAUGCAGAAAUCGCUGCUUUUCAUCUGGACAGGAUUCUGGGUUUUAGGAGAGCGCCGCUGGUGGUGGGGAGGUUUAUAAAUCUGCGCACAGAAAUAAAGCCAGUAGCCACUGACCAGUUGCUAAGCACUUUUCUCAUGCACGGAAAUAAUACAUGUUUCUAUGGGAAGUGUUAUUACUGUCGUGAGACUGAACCUGCAUGUGCAGAGGGAGAUGUGAUGGAGGGAUCGAUAACUUUGUGGCUGCCUGACGUCUGGCCCCUACAGAAACACAGACACCCGUGGGGACGCACAUAUCGAGAGGGCAAACUUGCCAGGUGGGAGUAUGAUGAAAGCUACUGCGAGGCCGUGAAGAAAAUGCCUCCUUACGAUGCCGGUCCACGGCUCCUGGAUGUCAUCGACACAGCCAUGUUUGAUUACCUUAUCGGAAAUGCUGAUCGACAUCACUACGAGAGUUUCCAAGAUGACGGUGGAGCCAGCAUGCUGAUUCUUCUGGAUAACGCUAAAAGUUUUGGGAACCCAGCUCUGGAUGAGAGGAGUAUUCUCGCCCCCCUUUAUCAGUGCUGCAUGGUUCGCGUCUCUACCUGGAACAGACUGAACAUACUGAAAGGUGGAGUUUUGAGCUCAGCUAUGCGACAGGCCACCGCCCACGAUCCCGCCUUUCCUGUGCUGACGGGGCCGCACCUCGCCGCACUCGACCGGCGUCUCAACGGAGUGCUGGCUACGGUGCGGCAGUGCAUCGAGACGCAGGGUGCAGACAACACGCUGAUUGAGGAUCGCAUGAACCUGCCUCAUUCUUAAAGACACUGGAAAGUGAAAAUGGAUUUGUGGAGCUGAGCACUGACUCUUGCACAGGCUAUUUCACAUUAUCUACCUGCUACAGACCUGGAGGCCACAAGAAGCCUUAGGAGAUGACCUGGAGGAGAACAGGGAGCUGUUUGUUUUUUUCAACUGGAUUAAUUCAGUUAAAACCACAGAGGCAAAGAUCUUGCUCUCUUGAUCGAGUAAGGCAGUCUUUGCAGCAUAUUGGUGAAAAGUGAACAUAACGGCUUUGUGUUACUGUAUUCUUUACAGUUCAUCCACCGGUAUGUUUCUUUUCUAAUAAUAAUUAAAAUGACUGGAGGAAUAAGGUUUCCAAAACAGAAUUUGGGAUUAGAUGUUUGGCUUAACAUUAUUGCUCAGGAAUGUGGAAUUAUUUUCCAGUGUUCAAGUAGAUGAAGAGAAGCAACAUUAUCAGAUUUCUCCACCCAAAUUGUACAUACAGAUCAAGCUUUGAAUAAUUCCGAGUAAUAAUAUUAUUGACCUUAAGAUAUUGACUGGAAUGAUUGAAGUAUGCAGAGUGAAUAAAGUAUCAUACAAAGCUGGCAGGAUAUUGCUACUGAUGUUCAAAGAUGUGGACGACACAGCAAUGUAAAGCUACUGUGAGACGUUUUGAGAAUUAAAAUGAAUAUUUAA